AUGCAGACGGUGCGAGGAAGCCCUGUUAAGCCAGAGAAAGUGCUCGCCAGCGUAUGGGACGCGGAUGAGGACGAGUUCGAUCGUUGGCCUGUGCAAGACCAGUUUGUAGCCCGCCUACUCAGAACCCCAACAGAAAGAGGUAACAGCAAUGAAUACGCCAAACAGCUGGAGAUGUCCACUGUCAACAGGUACCUAUCAGUUUACGGCUCUUUCCACCGCCAAGCUACUACCACGCAACGCGGAUCUUCGUUGGGAGUUUAUGGAUCUAGCGGUGAUUGGCACGAAGAAGAAUCGACCGAAGACCCCGAAGCCUACGAGGCCCAAGCUACCAUUAUGGAACUACAAGAUCCUGAAUCGGGCCACGUGAUCGGAGGAGACAAGAAUGACGAGCUCAUGUCACAGUUCUUUUCUGGGAGGUAUCGGAGUCUACCGCCCACCACUCCGGCUCGACACAUGCACGUGGUGGAAGCCCAAGACUUCAUUGAGACUGAAGAUCGUGUUGUCCUUUCCGUUCGCCCUCGUCUCUGUGAUGGAGUUGCGACCGUUCUCUUUAAGACCUCUCCGAACUGCCUCGAUGCAUUCCUAAAUCCUCAAGUGAAAGUCUUCGAAUGGCGGCGCGAUGUGACUCGCCCGAGAAACCACUGUCUGUCGGGAGUAAUUCGGAGAGUUGGAAAUGAGGUUCUCUGCAGGUGGGCGUACUAUGUGAAGUCCACAAUCGACUUCUCUGGGAAGUGGUCGGAAAUCUACGCGAAUGUGGGUACUGGAACGACUAAGAGGACGAGCACAGGCCCAGCUUUGGAUGAAUUCGAGCCUAGCAAUCCCCCUCCCGAUGGUGUGAGUCCGACUGAUCCACUGUACACACUGUUUGCCGGAAGAGAUUUAUCUAGGUACAUGUUGAACUAUGAAUUCUGGGACUUCAUCGAGUGUAAAGGAAUGGUGGUCGAGUGGGAGGUGGACGGCAUUAUUAGCAAGGGGACGAUGAAGCGGAGAACCAAUGAAGGCAGGAACGACGAAGCUGGGAACGAUGAGUAG